CACGAGCUGUCAACAGAGUGAAAGCUACAAACACUUGAGUUACAUUAAAAGACAGUUUGCCUCAUUUGGACAUCUCAUAGAACGACGCAUUAAAGGCAAGCAUGAGUGGGACAAUUCGCCAGAUUUCUCUUAGCACUCAUCUGGACACGCCCYACUUCCUGCGAGUGGACUGGGCUGUGGACCUGGGUGCUGGGUUUACAAUAGCUCUCACCGAUGGCAGCUCUGCAUGGAUUGGUGAAGUUUCAGAGGAUGAGGUGACAAGGGAAGCCAGUGAUUUGGGGGUCACAAGGGAGCAAUAUGUUGAGGAUCUUCUUCAAGCGUUGAAAAAUAGUGAAGAAAGAAAAGAGAAAGAUGACAAAGAGGUGUUUUCCUUUCAUCUUGCUCCAGAUCAUCGCCAUCUUUCAUAUAAGAAGAUUGGCAACAUUUCGGUGCACUUGGGCUCUGUAGAGCUCCAACCAGCUCCAGACCCUCAGAAACURACCCACGAGAUGAUUUGGCAGUCCCUGCAGCGCAACAAAGACCUGGAGAGAGAAAAUUCCAGGUUGUCAGAGGAGAACCGUAGAUUAAAACAGAAUCACCAGCAAAUCCAUGCAAAGCUGGAGCAUCAGGUUCAGGAAAAGGAGAUGUUUGAGAAGAGGCUGUACUCACGUUUUGUCAUGGUGYUGAAUGAGAAGAAGGCUAAGAUCAGAGGCCUGCAGGAUGCGGUCCAUCAGCUCCAACACACUGACAACCAACAAGGAGACAAGGAGAAAGUGCAAAGGGAUAAUGACACAACAAAGGGUGAGGACAGCAGCCAGAACAAAGAACAGAGCAUUCAUCAUGUCCGUCCGUCUCAGGAGCCAACCAUCCUCAUCACAGGUUGUAAUUUGGUGUCCCAUGGCAUCUCCAUCGCUCAAACUUUCUCUGAUCAUGAAGACGAAGAGCCGAGACAGAAGAGCCGCCGACUUCACACCCUGAGCCCAGACUCCUCUGGACAGGAAUGAGUCUCAAGAGUGCGCUCACCAGUGCUUCAUUAGAAACUGUUUGUGUUGCAUCUGGUUACCUCAGGAAUACGUCAGAGAACGGGGACAAAGUGUAUGGAAGUAAUUUCUCAAGAGUUUGACUUCACACCCUGAGCAGAAAGUUUCCUGCCAAGCCCUUCAUCCACAGCUCUGUGUGAGACCAAAGAAAAUGGGCUCACCACCAAGAAACCAAAGCUGCUUUGUUGCUGCUUACUCAUCUUGCCUUGCUUUCCCAUUCCUCUUGCUUUUCAGUAUGGGUGUAAACUAAAUAUCAUAUUUUGUUUUUAUUAUUGUUAAAUUAGCACAAAAUAAUGUGGCCUUCAAUGUGUUUUUAUUUUUUUAUCUGACCUUAUAGUCUACCUGUCUGAAAGGUGAAUUAAUGAGCUUAUGUUGAUUUUU